AAAUAAAUUCUGGUUAAAUGGCUACUCCACAUGGAAGCUCUUCCCAACCAAGAAAUGGCCUCCACUGCAGAUUCUCCUCCUUCCUGGUUCACUCCCAAAAGGUUAUUGAUUAUAUUUUGUUUGAUUAACAUGAUAAAUUAUGUAGAUCGAGGAGCCAUUGCCAGUAAUGGUGUGAAUGGGAGAAGUAGGACUUGCGAUGACAAGGGAAUUUGCAAAUCCGGUACUGGAAUUCAGGGGGAAUUUGAGUUGACUAACUUUCAGGAUGGUCUCUUGUCGUCUGCAUUCAUGGUUGGGCUUCUCCUGGCAUCCCCAAUAUUUGCUUCCUUAGCAAAGAGCUACAACCCUUUUAGGCUUAUCGGAGUUGGGUUAUCUGUUUGGACCUUGGCUGUAGCUGGAUGUGCUAGUGCAUUUUCCUUUUGGUUUAUUGCAAUAUGCUGAAUGCUUGUUGGUGUUGGAAAAGCUUCUUUCAUAAGUCUUGCAGCUCCAUUUAUUGAUGACAAUGCUCCUGUUUCUCAGAAAACAGCUUGGCUUGCAAUGUUUUAUAUGUGCAUACCUACUGGAAUUGCUCUGGAUCGUUUAUGGUGGAUUUGUAAGUUUGUAAAUCUUGUUCUUUAUUUCUCAUAAAUCUUAGUU